AUGGACUCACCAGGGACGGGGAUCCGGGAUGAUCAGGCAGGACCCAAGGAAGCCGCAGCUGGUGCUGGUCUGCUUUUUAGGCGCGACGGAGGCGUGACCUACGGAGAGAUUGCCGCACUGCGACGCCUCGCUCAGCUGGAAGAAGGGCGGCGGAGGUUCCUGAUCGUGACCUCGGAGUACAUCAAUCCCAAGAAACUCUUCGAGUCGAUGCGCUGCGAGGCGGUGCUGAAUUUACCUCCGCUGGACGCCACCAAAACGGCCGCCAGCGGUGAGGCGCGGCGAGGCUUCGGAGGGUUCUGGCCCACCGCGAGAUGA